CAGACUUCUGGCAGGUUACACGAGUUUAUUUUCAGCCUUUUUCUUGGAGACGGUUUGUGCUGGUGUAAACUAAGAGGAGGUCAAGAUUCGUGCACAUAUAGCAAUGCGUUUCCCAGGCUAUUGGAGUUAAAACCUGACUCGUCUGCGGAGCUCUGAGGUCUGGAGUUUGACGGCGACAUGUGAAAUGUUGCUGCGUGGUUUGUCUGUUUUUCCAGGCGGCGACGGACAGACCCAGCCAGGCUAGUGGAGCUAACUAACUUACUAGCUUGCUUGCUCGCUAGCUGGUAGCCAGGCCGCUCAGAUAAUAUUUUUCGCGUUUCUGCUGGCCGAGCGUGCUGCAUUUGCCACGGCUCUGUUUUCCUGAGAGAGUCCGGUAAGGUCAUCUCCAGACUGCCAACUGCCACACCACAUCGUUACUUCAAUGCAGACGCGGGGUGGCCCAGCAGCUUAGCUAAUGUUAGCUACUUUAUGCGCUGCGAGAAAGUAACUGGACCCUUUAAAGCAAGUGAUAUUCAUCUGUUAGACGUCUAGUCCGCUCACGCUAACAAGACCCCGAGAAAUUGGUGUUGAAAUGCAGCGCUGAUGCGUGCUAUCUGUUAGCUAGCAGCCCUCGUCGCAGCACGCCGGUCAUCUUGUUUUGGCUGAUAUGGCAGCCAGUGGAUACUCCGACCUGAGGGAGAAGCUCAAAUCCAUGACUCCGCACAGAGACGACUACGAAAACAAGUGCGUGGACGAAACGAGCAACGGGAAACCCCGAAAACGCAAGCACCGGGAAUCCGAUGACGACGAGUACGAGCACAGCGAUGACAGCACGGACCUCCGGGAGCAGGAGGCCCGACGGGUGAGGAGCAGCAUCCAGCAGAAGACCAUCUUCACGCCGGAGGAGUGCGCCCUCAUCGAGAAGAAGAUCGACGAGGUGGUUGCACAGGCAGAUGCCGGACUUUACCGCGAGCACACCGUGGAUAGAGCGCCCCUUCGGAAUAAGUACUUCUUCGGGGAGGGCUACACGUAUGGAGCCCAGCUGGAAAAGCGUGGUCCGGGUCAGGAGCGGCUGUACCGCAAAGGAGAAGUGGACGAGAUCCCGAGCUGGGUGCACGAGCUGGUGAUCAAACGGCUGGUGACAAACGGAGUCAUCCCAGAGGGGUUUGUCAACAGUGCAGUCAUCAAUGACUAUCAGCCAGGUGGCUGCAUCGUGUCACACGUGGAUCCUUUGCACAUCUUUGACCGGCCCAUCGUGUCCGUGUCCUUCUUCAGUGACAGCGCUCUCUGCUUCGGCUGCCGCUUCCAGUUCAAACCGAUUCGGGUGUCUGAGCCCGUGUUUGUCUUGCCUGUGAGAAGAGGAAGUGUCACCGUGCUCAGUGGCUAUGCAGCAGAUGACAUUACCCACUGCAUCCGACCACAGGACAUAAAAGAAAGGCGUGCAGUAAUCAUCCUCAGAAAGACUAGACCUGACGCUCCUCGACUGGGCUCUGACAGCUCGUUAAGAGCUUCUUUGGCACAGAAACCAGGUCGCCUGAAAGCCAAACGUUCUCAUCGUAAAGCAGACCCUGAUGCUGCUCACAGGCCGAGGGUUCUGGAGAUGGAUAAAGAGGAGAACAGACGUCCUUCACUGUCCCGUCAUCGUCACAGCAUCACCUCAGAGAACUACAGGAGACGCGGCCAAGACUACGACAAAGAGCAGGAGAGUUCAGGGCGCAAAGUCAAAAUGAGGCGCCACUGAGGACUCCUUUCACAUGUGAACAUAUGAAUAUCUGGUCUUUUUUUGUUUUUUAUGUAAGCCCAUCAGCCACAACAUGAAAACUACUGACAGGUGAACGUGAUCAUAUCGAUGAUCUCAUUACAGAACAGCGUCGUUUGAAUCCCCGGGGUCCUGGCGUUCAUGUCAAAGUUACUUUGGCCAGCUAAACACUGGAGCACAGCAGGACAAACAGCAAUGAGGAAAACAUCUUAGCAGGACACACAGGCAGCCAUCAGAGACACCCCUACCCCUAUGGCAUGAUAGGUCAAAUCUGUUUUGGCAGCACUGAGUGCAGCCUGCACCGUUUUGAGCAGGUGGUUUUAAUGUUAUGGCUGAUUAUUAUAUUUCAGUAUUAUAUUAUUUGUUCAUUCAAACUUGCUCCUUUUGUUUCAGUUUGGCACAGGGAGGGCAGUUAUCAUACUGUUGCUUUUUGAUUUGAGUCUGGAUUAGUUUUUGUUUCUGGCAGACAAAGCUUACAUCUCUGCUACUUAUUACAGCACUUGGAGUUAUUCACUACAGUUAGGCUCUGUUGAUAAACUGUUCAGUUAAAUUAAACUUUUUGUUUGUAUGUUCAUAGAUACCUAAAACUGGCAUGUUUUGUUUUUUUGUAACCAAGAUGUACAGACCUUGAGAGCUGAAAGGAGUAUGGACUUGUAAAAAGGAAACCCUGGGCUGUAAUCUAACUUGUUAUAAUGUACAAUAUGUUUAUAUAGUGUUUGAUUGGAGGACUUUUAUGGAGAGUUUGAGUUUUAGCACCUACGUUUCUGACCUGUAACUUCACUCAGUUCACUUUAGCCUCCAUUUUGCAGUUUUAAGUUGCAGCAGACGUGAAACCUGGAUUUCUGUUUUACGAUUCAACUCGGCCGCAUGGCUUCUCUUGCUGGUCUGUCAGCUGGAGUGAUGCACCAUUUCAGGAGCAAUGGAAAAACUCAGGUCUUGUUUUACACUCCUGUUUCAUUCUGACGUUGUUGCUGUCCCGUGCUAGAUCUAAAUUUUUCUCUUUUAAAUAAGGUGAAAUUGGGGUCAGUCAGAACUUUAAUUUGAGCAGAAUGACCUCCAUUAUGUCCUGUUUAGUUUGGGUCUGAGCAGAAACAAUUUCCUUGCGGUUUGCUGUGUAAACAUAAAUUUGUUGCUUGCUUCCAGUCAGCCAUGUUUGGCAGAGGUACUCAUUAGAUGACUGCUUAGUAUGGAGUUACAUAUGAGCAAAAAUAACCUUGGUUCAGAGGAGAAAUUGCUUUCUAAAAACAGGACGUGGGGUGUUCAUGGCUCUGUAGCUCGGCUAAAGUUGAAAUGAUUGUGUGGACAGUGAAGGAGCAUAAAAUGGUUUCAUGGGUUUUUAGUUGUCAUUUGUUUUGACUGACAAAGGUCCUCGCUAAAUGAAAUAAAGCUGAAUUUGCCUCUCCUGAGUCUAUUUAUUCUGCCUGCCAUACUGACAAAUAUGUAUUUGUUACAUUUUUUAAGUGCAGAAUUUGAGAUUAAAAGAUCAACACUG